GCAAUAAUUUCCUUUCUCUCCGUCUUUCCUUCCAUUGCGAUUGAAGCAGCUUUCACUCGACAUUUUUCCAUAGUGCGACACGCCCUUCGGCUACAAAGUUGGACCGACCACCUUGCUCCCGCCUCUCAACCACACCCGCCAGCUGUCCUGUAAUACAAAACGACCGCGCUGUGCUAGACACCUGCCGACGAAUCGCAUCCGCAAUCUGCUCUCUCUCUCUCUCUCUCUCGCUUGUUGUUACCGCAAGCCACGCGAGAGCGCCGCCUGUAUAACCUACGCCGUCGACCGACCCCGAUCUCGUCACGCUGGCUUCCCAAUCUUCCUUCUCCGCUUCCGCUGGCCAACGGAGAAGGCGCUCAUCUGCUGCAAGGCAGGCGCCAUCCAACCUGAACCUCCCCAACAGCGCCGAAACCCAGAGCAGGCUCGGCACAACCAGCGGUCUCUCCGGCCGCUCCCCGGGUGAAGGCCUGCCCACUAUACCUGGCACCCCAGGCUUCAACAUGUCCGGGUCUUCGUCGCCCCAGCCCGGAGGGUGGUCGAGUCCAGGCCUGAGCACACCCUACGACAACAGCGGCCAGGCCAGUCAGUUCGCCAAUGGCUCAUCGUCACACAAUGUCACUUGGGCGUCGGCUCAGGCCCGGAGUGCCGAAGUCAAAGGCUAUCCUGCCUUUACGCCCAGAAGCCAGGGUUUUUUUGGUAGACACUUUCGCCGCCUGUCCAUGAGUCUGCCCUUCAACCAAGGCGAGAAGGAAAAGCUAGGCCGAGGCCGGUCUCAGGGCAACCGGUUUACGCAAGCGCUCGGCGGCCUAACCUGGGGUCUGUGGCGCUUGCGCAAACGAUUCAUACUCUUGUUUUUGGUAUUAUUCAUCAUGUUCUUUUGGAAUUUCAACUCACCUAUACGUCGAAUGUACAGACGGUCCGCGUGGCUCGGCGGCGGCAGCAAAUACGUAGUCAUUCUAGCCGCUAAUCAGGGCGGAGGUGUCAUGGAAUGGAAGGGUCCUCGUGAAUGGGCCAUUGAGCGCGACAGCGUUAAGAACAAGAAGAAGUACACAAGGAACUGGGGAUACGAAUUGGAAAUUGUCGACAUGAGCACCAAGAAGCGCUAUGCACACGAGUGGAGGGAGAGCUGGGAGAAGGUUGACACGAUUCGCAAUGCCAUGCGCAAAUACCCGCAUGCCGAAUGGUUUUGGUGGUUGGACACCAACACGUUCAUCAUGGAGCCGACGUACUCGCUGCAGAAGCACGUUUUCAAGCAGCUGCGAGACGUUACAUACCGCGACAUCAACGUAUACAACCCCCUCAACAUCACCCAUCCUCUGACGGACGAAUACCUCGACCCCGAAACACGCUCGCCAGUGGGUGAUGGCAAGGUCGAGUCUGUCAACAUGCUGCUGCCCCAGGAUUGUGGUGGCUUCAACUUGGGCUCAUUCAUGGUGAAGAGAAGCGUGUGGACCGACAGGCUCCUCGACAUUUGGUGGGAUCCGGUUGGCUACGAGCAAAAGCACAUGGAAUGGGAGCACAAGGAACAGGAUGCAUUCGAGUACAUGUACCAAAACCAGCCUUGGAUCCGCCCACAUGUGGCGUUUAUCCAGCAGCGCCAAAUCAUGAGCUUCCCACCAGGCGCUUGUGGCCAGAAGGGCGACGACCCUAACAUCCAUUACCAAGAGAAAGACCGCGACUUCCUAGUCAACAUGGCUGGCUGCGAGUGGGGUCGUGACUGUUGGGCCGAGAUGUACAAGUACCGCGAGCUCAGCAACUACCUCAACAGGACUCCAUGGGAGAAGUUCAAGGACGGCCUUUCAGCUCUGUUCAAGGGAAAGAAGAAGAAGAAGGAAGACAAGCACUAAAGCGUAAUGAGGGACAGAUGAGUAUAACGUGUUCCUGGCAGGUCUUGGAUUUUCAUAGAAGCCAUGGGUUCGGCUUGUGGGUCUGCAGCCAACAUGCGCGGACGAGACGAGAAUGCACAACUCAGCGAGUUGUAUACGCUAGCAUCGCGUCGGCGUGGGUGUCGCGCACUUGCACACCAUGAGGUUGGCUUUAUUUGGGCAAACGGGCAAGUAUUCAAACAGCCUGUGGCGCCACCAUCAUGUAUAGGGAUGUUAUUCUUAGGGUCAAACUAGGUUGGAGUAUGUGGACGACGCUCGAGCUUAGCAGCGGCGGGUGCCUUGUCCUUGGCCUACUCCAUGAGUUGAAUUUGUAUUGUUCACGUAGCUUCUGUAAUCGUCUGCCACUGUUAGUAGUGGCUAAGACAAAU